AUGCUGUGCACUCCGCCGCAACCGCUGCACUCAUCGCGGCGCCCGCUCCGUGCCGCGCCACGAUGCUCCAACGACGCCCAGCCCUCGCCGUCCACCGCGGCCGCCGGCGGCAUCCGGCGCCUGGUGCUCUCGCCCGAGGGCCGAGCGAAGCUGGACCCGCGGCCGGACCGCGACUUCUACGCGUUCCCGCGCCUCGUGACGCACGCGGACGACGGCUUCAUCGUCACGCUCACGGGCCUCUACCGGGAGCGCCUCCGCGCCGGGUGGGACGUGCUGGACCUCAUGAGCUCCUGGGUCAGCCACCUGCCGCCGGAGGUCCAGUUCCGGCGCGUCGUCGGCCACGGCCUCAACGCGCAGGAGCUCGCCAGGAACCCGCGCCUGGACUACUUCUUCGUCAAGGACCUCAACAAGGACCAGCAGCUGGAGCUCGAGGGUGGCACCUUCGAUGCUGUGCUCUGCACCGUCAGCGUGCAGUACCUGCAGUCCCCUGAAAAGGUCUUCGCGGAGAUGUUCCGGGUGCUGAAGCCGGGGGGCGUGUGCAUCGUGAGCUUCAGCAACCGGAUAUUCUACGAGAAGGCCAUCAGCGCGUGGCGGGACGGCACGGCGUACAGCCGCGUCCAGCUCGUGACGCAGUACUUCCAGUGCGUGGAUGGGUUCACGCAGCCCGAGGUGAUCAGGAAGCUGCGGUCGGCCGGCGGGUCGUCGCCGUCCUCGCCGCUGGACGCCGUGAUGAGGCUGUUCGGCGUGGCGGGCUCCGACCCGUUCUACGCAGUUAUCUCGUACAGGAACUUCAAGCCAAUGUGA